AUUUCGGAUAUCGGCAACCAAAAAAUGGAAUACGCGAAGAGUGUGCGCAGUGCCUUGCGCCCCCAGACACUUUUCGCCUCCGUAUGCCCCGUGCUUAUGACUGUGAGUCUCCUCUACAAGUCCCAUGGCAUCUCCUUACUUCAAAUGGACGCGGUCGUCGUCCUGGGGUGCGCUGUGCUGACGCAGCUGCUUGGCAACCUCAGCGCUGUCUACAGCAACUUCCAACGCGCACUACAACCCAAAGAUCCUGGGACCAACGACGCCAAGAUCAUCCUCAACUUGCUGUCGCUAACUCAAGUCCGUCGCUGGUCAUUGCUGUUUUACGGCUUGCAGUUGGCAACACUGGGACUGACGCACGUCCUUUGUGACAAGAGUAUUGAAAUUACGGGAUUUAUGGUAGUACUCUCCACUUCGGCGCUGCUUUACUGUCGACGUGGUGAAGAUUCGUUGCCAAUGGUGGGGCUGAGGGAAGCUGUGAUAGCUUGGGCAGUUGGGCCAAUGGCGAUGGUCGGUACAGCAUUGUACCUUGUUGGAGAGGUGCCAUGGGCCGUCGUUCUCUACGCGUACAUCGUGAUGCUCUUCGCGUGGUCUUUUCUUGUCUUGGAGAGUGCUCGAGACGCCCCGUUUGCUCGACGUAUGGGGCGGUCGGACACAUCGUUGGCAUUGAGGUUAGGAUUCCAGUGGUGUUUCCAGGGCUUCUUGCUGAUAAUGGUGUCGUUCUACGGUCUUGUGCUGGUAACGGGGAUCGUGAUGGGGCAUCUGGGUAACUUUUUAUUGGUGGCGACGAUCGUCAAGCUAAAGGAUAUCAGCGAGGACUUCAGACUUGAGAGACUCAACCACCUGCCUGAGCAGUUCGCUAAACUCGCUGUCUUUUUGGGAGUAGGUUUUAAUGUUUCAAUUCUUACGGGGUUGUCGUAAAGGAGAAAUAUUGUACAGCUCGUGGCUUCAUUAUGAAGCUUCCAGCCUUUGUCCAUUA